UCGGGUGUUUUGUUGCAAGACUUUAAUUCAGUAGCUUUUCGAGCGUAGACGGUAAAAAAAAGAAAUUGGUGGAGAUAGGAAAGAAUAUUACCAUUUGUGCAAUUAUUUUUUCAAUUUUUUACUACAGAUUUUAACACAUAUUUUGUAGAAAGAUAUUUCCUAAAUUGAUCUAACUGCCGAAUUUGAGUAAUUCCGUAUCAUUUUAGAUUAAAAUAUAUUAUUUCAGCAAUAUUAAUAAUCCAAUAUAAGUAGCGGCAUAAAGGGUAGCAAGUGUAAAAGUCUAAAAAUAUUUUAUAAAAAUUCACGUAUUAUUAUUAUUUGUGAAGAAAUAAACCGUAAAAAUGGCUUUAAAAGUGUACAUAAGUGGAAUGUCGGGAAAUAAAGAGGUUAAAAAACGUCAACAACGCGUUCUCAUGAUACUGGAUAGCAAGAAUAUAAAAUAUGAAACAGUCGACAUCACAGAACCUGGUAAAGAAAGUGAAAAAGAGUUCAUGCAAACUAAAUCAACUAGUAAUGGUGCAACUGUUAGUGAUCCAGAACCAAGACACGCUCUUCCACCACAAAUUUUCAAUGCUGAAGAUUAUUGCGGUGAUUACGAUGCCUUUGAUUUGGCCAAUGAAAUUGAUACCCUAGAACAAUUUUUGAAAUUGGCGCCAGCAGACACUACAUCAGUGUCCAGCGCACAAAUCGAGCUUAAAAAGGAGAAUGGCGAGGUGCAGUCUGAGGAAAGCGAAAAUAAAGAGAAUGAAGAGAAAAAAUCCGAGAAUGAGCAAACUGCAGAACAAACCGACGGAACUGAGGGCGAGGCCACAAAAGAUGUAGAGAACAAAGACGGAAAUUCCGACCAGGAUAAUGAUGGAACAAAAACUACAGACGACGCUAAUACAACUGAAGACGGUGAAGCUGAGAAGGAGCAGGAAAAACAGGAUGAGAGUGCAGAAAACAAAAGUGAUGCUGUUGAGAAAGAUUCCGGAGAAGCAGAUACAACAGAAGACAUUCAAGAUGAAAAUAAAGAAAAUAUCGAAGCAGCAGCAGAUGAAGAGUCAGAGUCUAAAGAAGAUACUAACGUUAGUCAGGAUAAAAAAGAGAAUAAUUCAACAGAAUCGAAAGAAGGAACAAAGGAUGAAGAAAAAAAUGCUGAGGAUCAGAAAGAAGCUACAGAUGAAGAGGAUAAGAAAGCUGAUGAGGAAAUUAGUAACGAUAACGAAAAUGAUGAUAAUAAGGAAGUUGAAAAGCAAAGCAGUACCGAAGAAGAAGUUGAUAAGAAAAUUGAGGAAAAAACUAGUGAUAACGAAGAAGAAAAUAAUGAAAAUAAGACAGAUAACAAGGAUACAAAGGAUGCUGAAGAACAAACAAAAGAAGAUACAGAAAACAAGGAUACUGAAGCAUUGAAUGUAAGGGAUAAAGAUGCUGCAGCAGACGAAGCAGAUGAAAAUAUAAUCAAAGAGCAGACUACUGCAGAUACAGAAGAAAAAGGAGAUAAUGAAACUAAAAAUGAUAAGACAGACGUUAACACAGAUGAUAAAGCAAGUGUUCAAGAAGAAUCUAUCAAUGGCAACAUUGAAAAGGAUGAUAAGAGUGAUGUAAAAACAGAGGAUGAAAAUGUGGAAAUUAAAGCUGAAACUGAUGAAACUGUGGAAGAGGCUGAAGUUAGAAAAGAUGAAGAAGAAACAAAAGAAACUAUUGAAAGCAAUGUAGGUGAAACAGAAAGCAAUAUUAAUGAAGAAAGUAGUGAAAACUUAGGCAAAACUGAAAAAGAAGAAGAUGAUGGAGUAACAGUAACAGAAGAAGAAACUGUUAAAAAUAAUGAAACUGACAAUGAAACUGUUGAUAAAGCUGCAGAAGAAGAAACGAAGAAAACAGAAAUGAAUGAAGAAGAUAAGGAAAAAAUUGUUGAUACUGAAUCAAAGUCUGUUGAAAAUGAUGAAUCAUCUGAAAAAAAAGAAGUGACAGCGGACGUUAGCUAAUCUAGAGUACGAAAAAAUGUACCAAGAAGAAGUUUUGCCAAAAUCUCAAUAAAUAAAUAUUAUCACAAAAUAUUACUUAACAAAAUAUAAACUUUUAAUGGAUAUAAAUUUGCAAACACCACAUAGAGCACACACCUUUCAUGUACUAUACACGCAUAUAGUUUUUUUUUUUUGAAUAUUUAGUAGUCAUGUAAAUUGUAAAUAUGUAUUAAGAACUGGAAAGAUUGCAUUAAUAAAGAAACGGUUUUGGUGCCUAAUUCUCAUGGAAUUUAUUUUUAAUAUAAUUUUUAAUUAUUG